AUGCCUCCCAUGAAACCUGUUCUCCCUAAGGACGCGAAGUCUGUCACCGAUCUCCCUCUUCGCUUGCGGAAUUUUCUCGCUCGUUAUCCUCCGGAAAUCCACUCGGCCGCCGUCCGUCGCCCUGACUUCUCUAAAUUGAGCGCAGAGCUAUCAGAAGAAAAAGCAUCCGGCGAAGUCCCAUCGCCAUAUACACCCGAUCGUGAUGCGAAGGGCUCAGCUGGAUUGGAAAAGGGAGCCUGGACUCCCUCAAAAGCACUGCUCAUUACCACCACAGAACUCCGCAACCCAUUUUUGCCGAAUAAGAGAUAUGGUAAAUGGGAAGCACCACGAUACGGUCUUCGUCAACAGGCUGAUCUGAUGAAAUUGGCCAUCAAAUACGGUGCUGAGGGCCUCCUUCCCCCUAGCCAGAAAUCAACCGAGUACAAGGAAACACGACGGGCCGAGCGUGGAUUGGCUAUCAAGGGUACUGGUGUUGGACAGAAGGUCAAGGGACACAAGUGGGAGCGUACCAUGGAGUCUCGUCUCGAAGAACGUCGCAAAGCGAUGGAGGGAAUGCCGGAAUUGGUUCGCUUGUGGAAGCAGAGAGGCCACGGACGUGGCUGGAAGCAAUGGCCCAAGCGGUAA